AUGCUUGGCCAGCAAGGGCAGUGUAAAUUCGAGGACAAAUGGCCAUGUAUGAGGCCCACAGUUCUAAAAUUGCUGAGACAAGAACCUGUUAGCAGAGAUGAAUGGCAUUAUCUUUUUGAAGCUGUCCAUUCAGUCUGUAUGUGGGAUGAGAAAGAAGGUCCACCAAAAAUAUACAAGGCUCUCGAAGAAGAUAUUUUAGACUUUAUUCGCAAUGCCCAAACAAGAGUACUGCAACAUAAAGAAGAUUCAGCCUUGUUGAUUCGUGCUUAUAUUGCUGAAUGGGGUAAAUUUUUUACACAGUGCAAUUAUUUACCUAUGCCUUUCAAUCAACUGGAAGCUAAUUUGUCAGGCAAACUACACAACAGUACACAAAAGAAAGAUCAAGAAAGUUUGGUUCGGAAGUUAAUGUUAGACAGCUGGAACCAAAGUAUUUUUUGUAAUAUAAAGAAGAGACUACAAGACAGUGCCAUGAAACUGGUUCAUUCAGAAAGAAAUGGUGAAGCCUUUGAUUCUCAACUGGUUAUUGGUGUGAGAGAGUCUUAUGUCAAUUUGAGUUCAGACACAGAAGAUAAGCUGAAAAUCUAUAGAGAAAAUUUUGAGAAGGCGUACCUUGAAGCUACUGAAUCUUUCUUCAAAAUGAAGGCACCACGAUACCUUGAAGAAAAUGGUGUACAGAAUUACAUGAGCUUUGCUGAUUCAAAACUGAAGGAAGAAGAAUUAAGGGCCAGAAGAUACUUAGAAACUGGUUAUGGAUGUAAUUCAGUGGCUGCUUUAACUGAAUGUUGUGUAAGAGUGUUGGUUACUGAUUUCAAGGAAACCAUUUUACAAGAAUGUGCUGAUAUGAUAAAAAAUAAUGAGACUGAAAAAUUAAGACUUAUGUUUAGUCUGAUGGAUCGUGUGCCAGAUGGUAUCACUCCUAUGUUAUCUGAUCUGGAGAAACAUAUUGUUGAACAAGGGUUAGCUGAUAUGAUGUCUGCAGCUCAAGCCAUUACCUCGGAUUCUGAAAAAUAUGUUGAACAAUUGUUAGAUUUGUUUAAUCGUUUUAGUAAAUUAGUGAAAGAUGCUUUCUUGGAUGAUCCUCGAUUUUUAACCUCCCGAGAUAAAGCUUACAGGACUGUUGUUAAUGAUACCUCUGUCUUUAGGCUGGAAAUACCUGUCAAAAAUAAGAGUAUAGCUGGGAUUAAAACACAACCAGAAUCCAAAUGUCCUGAACUUUUAGCUAAUUAUUGUGAUAUGCUUCUAAGGAAAACUCCAUUAAGUAAAAAGUUAGCCUCUGAGGAAGUUGAAGCGAAAUUACACGACGUUUUAUUAGUAUUAAAGUAUGUUCAGAAUAAAGAUGUUUUUAUGAGAUAUCAUAAAGCCCAUUUGACAAGAAGAUUAAUAUUGGAUACAUCAGCUGAUAAUGAAAAAGAAGAAAAUAUGGUGGAAUGGUUGAGAGAAGUUGGCAUGCCUGCUGAUUAUGUCAACAAGUUAGCUAGAAUGUUUCAAGAUAUCAAAGUUAGUGAAGAUUUGAAUGUUGAGUUUAAGGACAUUCACCGAAACAAUAACGAAGGCAUAGCUGAUGCUAUUAAUAUUAAGAUUUUGAAUGCAGGUGCUUGGGCUAGAUCUAGUGAUCGAGUUUCUGUUACCUUACCACGAGAAUUAGAAGAUUACAUCCCACAAGUGGAAGAAUUUUACAAGUUAAAGCACAAUGGACGGAAGUUACAGUGGCAUCAUCUUAUGUCCAAUGGUAUUAUAACAUUUUGUAACGAUAGUGGUGGAAAAUUUGAUCUAGAAGUAACCACUUUUCAAAUGGGCGUUUUAUUUGCUUGGAACCAACGACCGUAUGAGAAAGUCUCCUACGAAAGUUUACGUUUAGCAACGGAAUUACCAGAUGCAGAAUUAAGAAAGACCUUGUGGUCUUUGGUAGCGUUUCCCAAAUUAAAACAGCAGAUCCUUUUAUGCAGCUCAGAUAUAAAAUCUCCUAAGGACUUUGUAGAUGUGACUGUUUUUUGGGUGAACCAAAAGUUUACUAUGAUAAAGAAUGGUAAAGUUCAAAAGCGAGGAAAGAUGAAUCUUGUGGGACGACUUCAGUUAUCCACUGAAAAGAGUAAAGAAGAAGAUAAUGAAGGAAUUAUGCAGCUUCGAGUGCUUCGUGUUCAGGAAGCUGUUGUCAAAAUCAUGAAAAUGAGAAAGAGAAUUACCAACGCAGCCUUACAAACUGAACUAGUUGAAAUCUUAAAAAAUAUGUUUCUUCCAUCCAAGAAACUAAUCAAAGAACAAAUUGAGUGGCUAAUAGAGCAUAAAUACAUGAAACGUGAUGGUGACAAUAUAAAUAUGUUUAUAUAUAUGGCUUGA